GUGUAAUGAUUCUAUUUAAUUGUAAACUAUGCAUUGAUACGAUUCUUGUAAAAAUUCUAUAAGACACAGUGUUCACGCUAUACUUGUUCGAUAGAUUUCUGAAACUUCGGAAACUUUCAUGAUGGUACAAUAACGUUGUUCUUCGUUUGGAAAAGUCUCUGACAGACACUGUAUCAAAUCAAUAAACGUCCGUGUACUUCCAAAUAAGAUCGUUUCACUUAAAAAAAUGUAUAAAAAAAAUUGUUCACCCUUUGAACGAUUCCGAAUUCGUCACGUCCAACAAAAAUAUCACCUCCGUUGUUUUUGUCACUAUCGAAAAUCGAAUGCUACGAUCCUGCGCUAGCACGUGGCACCUAUAACAGCCGGUUUGUGUUGACCGGGAGUCGUCAUGACAACUCGAACGAUCACCACGCGACAAGGACGGCCACUUCGUCGGUGUUUCGUGCAAACUUCGUAAUGGUACCGUGACGACAACGUUCGCAGCACGAAUACACGAAAUUUCCACUGUUUACGAAGAAAAUGGUGGUGCUCGACAAGCGUAGAUCGUUGAUAGUGUCCACCGCAGGUCACUUCUUCGGCGUGCCCCUGAAAGACGACGAGACGAUCGCCGACGAGCAAACAGUGUUGGACAACUUCUUGGACAGAGCCGCGUGCAGAAUUCUCUGUGCACAACCGGCGGAUGCGAAGGACGAGGAACUGCGGUUGAAGUUGAGUAACGAGUUACCCGUUGGGAGGAACACUCUGGUCUUCUUUAAGUUAACAGAAGCGUCGGUGACAGAAAGGAAUUUCCACGAUCUCGUUCAAGUUACAACGACCGGCAGUGGAAAAGGAUCGACGUUGCUCGAAGCUCUGCGUCAAGUAUGGGCGCCAACACUUCGGUCUUCUGGUCUCAAUUCAUCCUAUUUGAAGAAGCUGGAGGAGAAUCUUCUUGGCUCGUCAGCAGCGACUUCCGUCGUCGAGGAGGAGAAUUAUUGGAGAAAGACAUGGGAGGAUGCGAAACGAUCGCACGACAAAACGAUUUACGCGGAGGCUGUAAAAACCUUGAGGAGCAUCCGAGCCGAGUUGGAGAGCGCAGCGGUGGCUAGAGAUGGGCUAAUUAGCGUGGAUGACGCUGUUGAAGCAGUAUCAGGCUACACCGACGACUUGUGGAAGUUAGGAGAUCUAAUAUACACCGAGGAACGUAUGAAAUCUUUUUUGGAUGUUAUUGGAGACGAAGUGGUAUCUCUCGUAAGAAACACAAUCGGAGAGAUUCGAACUAACGACGAUCGAGUGAAAAUUGAAGCGAUAUCAAGUGGUGCAGGAAUUUGCGAAAAAUGGACAGACAUGGUGGAGAAAUUCACUACGUUAUUUUGGCCUCAUCAUUCAGUUCAUCCGUGGAAGGGUGAUAGUUACGUCCCCGAAAGAUGUUCACGUAUUGGCAAACGGCUCAGGCAGAUUGGGGAACUACGUGCUCAGUAUAGGCAAUUAACCAGGCUGCUGACUCCUAAUGAGAGAUCUGGACUUGACACGGAUACUUUGAUGCAUUGUUUCGAUGAUGUUAAAGUAGUCUUCGAUGACGACGACAAGUGUGUUGAAUGGAACCGACUCAAGAGGAAGAUCGAAGAAGGGCUGGUACCCGCUGAAGAAAGAGUAGCGCAGAAACUAAAGUCACAAAUUGCCGAUGCUACUACUCCAAACUCUCUACUCGCUGAAUUUCGACGGUACUUCGAACUAAUAAAGAGAGAUGGUUUAAAAAGGGCUUUACGCGGAGAACGAGAGGCUUUGCUCUCAGCUUACGGGGAUCUUACAGAGAAUUGCUUGGCCGGGCCGGAUACGGCAGACUUGUUGGAUAGUCCGAGAAUACUUCAAGAGGUUCAAGCUGCCAGAUCUGCGGAAUUAAGAUUGGAAAGUUUAAAUAAAUUAGGAAAGGAAUUGCUUGCGGAUCUUCCUGGUUACGAUGACAUCUCUUUGAGAGUAACGACAGCUCUGAGAGACGUUGAAAGGAAAAGACAAAGCUUCGUUGAUACUUGGACUGAAGAAACUAAAGAAGCUGUCGCCAGAAAGGAACUGACGCUAGGCACUGACUCUGCGGUGGUGGAGUUAACUGGCACCAGUAUGAUGAGGGUCACGUACGAUCCAAAGCUAAUGACUUUGAUCAGAGAAGCUAGGGCACUUUCGAGUCAAGGCGUCGAACUUCCUCGUGAAGUGAGGGAGCUAGUCGAAAGAGCAGGUUCUUUAGCUGGACGUGCCAGAGCUCUACAACAGAUCGCCACCUUUCACAACACGAUUGGCGAUCGUAUGGUACCGUCUCAGAGACCUUUAAUGCUCACGACCGCGCUCGAAUUGGCACGAGCCGUUCAAGAACAAUCUGGUGUAGUUUGGUCCGAUCCUCAGGCUGUUGAUGCUUAUACCGCUAGGUUGAAAGAAUUGGUGAGGAAGUUUGCGCAACAGAAUUCGGAGUUAGCUGCGAAGCACAGUUCUUUACGGGACCUGGUAUCGAAUUUACUGAAAGGAGACGCUGUCAAUAUGAUCGGAAACCAGAAUGCUUGGAAAGACGCAUUGAUGAGCAUGAGGACGAUCGUCGAUACUGUGGAAGCUGAAUACGGAAAUACGAAAGCAUGGAAAUUACAUUGGGAUAGACAACUGCUCAAAGCAUUAGGUGUGGCUUACAGAGGAGCGUUACCGUCGUUGUUGAAAAAGUUGCCAGAAGUUAAAGUGGAAUUGACGUUCCGGGACGGGUCUCUGCAAUGGCGACCGUCCCUCGAGGAGGUCCGUGCCAAGUUGUACUCGUCGAUCCGUCGAUCCCUAUCGAUCCCCAUGAAUUUCAGAGGCGUUGGCGACGCGGCCGAAGCGCAUUUCGGUGCUUUGAUACAAAGGAGCUGUUAUUUGUACGGUGGCGUUUAUAAGCAGGCUGAAAUCGCUCUUUCCGCUCUGGAAACGCUGCGAACGAAAUGGCUGUACCUGGCUGCGCCAGCGACGAUCGAUGCUGCUGAAAGGCUGAAAGGAAGAUCACCGCAAGAAUGGACAAGAGCGUUUAAAGACGCUAAGCAAUGGGCUCAAGAGGUCGGAAGGUUACGCGGAAGCGAAGUGAAGAUCUGGUGCAUCAGCGUGGAUACGGCAACAACCAGAAACGACUUAGAAUCAGCUUCUCGUCGUUAUUGGGAACGUUUGUGUUCCGAUUUAAGGGUGGAAGCCUCUUCCAGACUAGUUGCCAUCGUGGAGUUUCUUUCAUCCGCCUCGAAGGAACUCGAACGUAGACCCCGAAACGUGGAGGAAGUUGGAUCGGCCUACGAAGCUCAUGCACGAAUCCAGGCGCAAUCUUCCGGUAUGGCUGAAGAGGUGGAAGCCAUUGCUGGCCUCUCUAAAGUGCUGGCUGCUUGGACUAGCGAGAAGCUCGAAGGCGUCAGCGCAGCGUACACAGCUUGGCAAGACCUAGCCGACCGCUUGGAGCGUCACAAGGCUGUAAUAGAUCGUGAACUCGAGGAUGCAAGGGUGAAUCUUCGUCACAGAGCGAUAGCUCUGCGAGACGAGAUCGAAAGGUGGCAAGCGAAAUGGUCCUCGAAACCGGAAAUCCUCACCUUAGACUGGAUUAUCUCCAUGAAAGAAAGAUGGACAUACCUGAAGGAGCAAUUAGAAAUUUUGACAAACGAUUGUCGAAAGAUCGAACUGAAUGUCGAUGACGUCCUAGAGGACAACGAAGAAAAUAUGAGAACAUUGGAACUACAGAUGGAGGUAGAGGAAUCUAAUUGUCGAUUCCAAGCUGAGUUUCUGGAAGAAUUAAAGAAUCAGGAGGAUGAAGAGUGGACCGUGGCUAGAAGAAGACUACCUAGACUUCAUGACUGGCUCGAUUCCUGGGAAAGUAGAAUAAAAGUUCAGUUAAAGGAUCGACUAAAAGAACAAUCGAUGGACCAGAAAGAUAGUUUAGAAAUGGACACGUUUGUUGGGAAGAAGGUUCGCGAGGUGAGAGGGACCAUCGAAUGGUUACAGCUUCUUCGUGGUGACGAGAUUGCAGAGGAACAUUGGGGAGAGUUGAUGUCACUCUUGGAGUUAAAAAAUGUCAAAAGCGUGAGGGAUAUCACGUUGGGUCAUCUGUUUCGUUCUGCGGACAACAUUAGGGACAAUGUUGAUAAAAUAAAGGAAAUAACGAAGAGAGCUGCGGCAGAAAGCGGAAUUCGACAAGGCUUAAUGGAAUUGGAAUCUUGGGAAGCGUCCGCUCAUCUGCAACUUCAAGAAUCGAAGGACAGUAGAAACGCCGGUAUCGUUCUUGUUGAAGAAUACGGCAGUUUGUUAGCUCGAGCAGGUGAAUUAAGGCUGCUGUUGGAGGGUGCAAAGGGCGCGUCAGGUUACGAAAGGUUCGCAGCCAGAGUUGCAAGAUGCGAAGCUGGAUUGUCCGAAGUGGAAGAACGAAUAAAGGUCUUAAGUACCAUACAGAGGAAGUGGGUUUACUUAGAACCAGUCUACGAAGGCGGUGCAGCCCCAAAUGACACCGGUAGAUGGUCCAGGGCUAAUAAAGAAUUUAGGUAUCUUAUGGGCGAAGUGUCUCGUGAUCCGAGAGUGUCAUCUUUGAGAAGACUUCCACUUUCAGCUUUCACGAAUCUGAAAGAUUUACUUGACAGGUGUCAGAAAAGCCUCGACGAAUAUUUGGAGGAGAAGCGCUCGUCUUAUCCACGGCUAUACUUUUUAAGCGACGAAGACCUUCUCGAAUUAGUGUCAGCCAGUGGACGAGGCCUGGAAGCUCACCUAUCGAAACUAUACCAAGGGGUUGGUUCGAUAAUAAAAGACGAUAAUGGACUGACGGCUGUUGUAUCGCCAGAAGGUGAAAUAUUGCAGUUACCUAAGCCUGUCGAUCUUCGGGACCCAUUACCACGCUGGUUGAGUAACCUCGAGGAUGGAAUGAGAAAUGCACUCCGACAAAGUUUGGAAAAAUGUUUGGUAGAUGCUACGCCUGAUCCAUCAUCCUAUCCAACUCAAGUGUUACUGCUAUCAGAAAAAAUUCGUUUCACGGAACGAUGCGAAAGCGCCUUGAAGGAAGGUGGUUCAGCUUUAAAGAACCUUGUCGAAUAUCUGGAGACACAAAGAGCGAGAUACAGAGGCUUAGAAGAUGCUGGUGAUAAAUUAACAGCAUUAAAAGCACGUGGGCUUCUGCUUGAUACCGUUCACCAUCUGGAGAUAGCUAGAAAUCUGUUAAACGUCACACAACGGGAAGAAAGCACCGUUUGGACCUGGCAGAGACAACUAAGAAGUUAUAGGACCAACAAGGGAGCAGUUGUACGGUGUGCCGGUGCAGAAUUUCCAUACCGUUUCGAAUAUCAAGGCGCAGCGGUAGGAUUAGUUCAAACGCCAUUAACCGAAAGGUGUUUCUUGGCUCUUACUCAGGCGAUGAAACUCGGUCUGGGCGGCAGCCCCACCGGUCCAGCUGGAACCGGAAAAACUGAAAGCGUGAAAGCACUCGGCUCUAUUCUUGGAAGGCUUGUUUUAGUUUUCAAUUGCGACGAAGGAAUGGACGCCGGAAGUAUGCGACGUAUUCUAGGGGGUUUGGCUCAAGCCGGCGCAUGGGGUUGUUUCGACGAGUUCAAUCGCCUCGAGGAGGAAACACUAAGCGCUGUAGCUAUGCUCGUUAGACCCCUUCAGGAAGCAGUUCGUGACGGUUCGUCUCAAGUACUGUUAGGCGAUCAGAAAGUGAAUCUGGAUCGACACUGUUGCGUGUUCAUCACGAUGAAUCCGGCUGGCUCCGAAUACGGCGGACGUCGUAAGCUUCCGGAUUCUCUGGCGCGACUGUUCAGACCGAUCGGAAUGGCACACCCGGACAGGUCUGACAUUGUGAAAGCAUUGCUAGAAUGUGCCGGAUUCUUGGAAGCCUCGACACUCGCCAAGCAACUCGUGGAAAUGCUUGAUAUCGCGGAGAUACUGCUUUCCAAUCAGCCACAUUAUGAUUGGGGUCUUAGGGCACUUAGAUCCGUACUCGACGCUAUUCCUACGAAAACUGACUUGGAUGAGACCAGCAGAUUAGUGGCUGCAAUUAGGGCCUCGAUGUUACCAAAGUUAACGGAAGAAGACACUCCACGAUUCCUCUCUUUACUAGACGAUGUUUUCCCAAGAGUAAGUCCAUCGUCGUCCACGUUGAUCGAAAGACAAGAUCUGCAGAAUGCUUUGCUGGAACUUUGCGCCGAACAGGAACUGAGCAAGGAAAUGGCAAAUAGAUGUAUUCAAUUGCACGACCAGCUGAAAAGCAGAACGGGUGUAGCGAUUGUUGGACCACCGGGGUGCGGUAAAACUACCAUCAGGAAACUUCUAUGCGAUGCGCUAAUGAAAAUCGGUGAAACUAUCGUUCAGUUUCACGUAUUUCCUGGCGCGAUGCCGAAAUCGAGACUUUUGGGUCGCGUCGACCCACAAACCAGGGAAUGGAGGGAAGGUUUGUUAUCCAACGUUGUUGUAUCCGCUGGAGAUUCCGUAACUUGGAUUAUUUUGAACGGCGACGUAGAACCAGAUUGGGCAGAAGCUCUAAAUUCUGCCUUAGACGACAAUCGAUUACUGACUUUGCCCAAUGGCGUGGGUUUGAAGCUUGGUUCUGGCACAAAAUUCAUUUUCGAAACUCACAAACUUGCCGGCGCGAGUCCUGCGACUGUGUCGCGAUUAGGCGUAGUCCACUUGGGCUCGACGAGUGUCAGCUCUUUGCUGAUGUCGUCGCGACUGAAUGCACUUCCGGAGGCCGCGAAGGAACUCGCGAUUUCCCAUCUUUGUCCCUGCGUCGACGAGUGUUUGAAGAUCAAUGCGGACGUUUCCUCGGCAUCGGGCUUAAUGGACACGACGUUUUGCCAUUUGAAGAGCUGUCAUACUCGUACUUCCGCUUCUUACGCUCUACUCGCAUCUUUAUGCAGUCAAAUAGGAAAUGAAAGCACUAAAGACGAAUUGGCGCGGUUGAUUUAUCAACUUACUGACUGCUGGUGUCCAGAUCCGCAGAAACCAUGUUCUGUAUUAUAUAAUCAAGACACAGAUAGAUUGGAAGUUAUCGGGGAUUCUCACGAAUCUACGGACACUGACGAUGGUCCUGUCUCACUGUCAGGUGGAAUGAAGGAAGCCUUAUCGUUUGUUUUACCAUUGAUCAAAAAUAACCAACCUGUGAUGAUAAGAGGUCCAGUAGGUUGUGGAAAGAGUGCCCUGAUAUCUGUCGUACUUUCUUCCAUACGAAACAUCGAACAAUCGACUUUGAUAAAAGGUUCCUCUCUCUAUGGACCUCAGGAUCUGGUGAUGAAACUAAAACGAAGUUGCGUUCAAUUAAAUUCGUCUUCACACGGAAGAACGUACAAACCUAGAAGUGGAUCCAGAGUUGUUUUGAUUUUAGAAGAUUUGCAUCUCGCGUCGAAAGAUUUACAGGAAUUAGUUCGGGAAUUAAUUCAAGAAGGAGGAUUUCACGAAGAAGAUCUGGAAUUUGCAAGAGUUCCACUAACGAUCCUAUGCACAGCCGAUGCAACCACAAGAUUGCACCCAAGACUAGAAGCUCUUUUGUCCACUCAUUAUCUGCCAUAUCCAAGCCCGAGAGAUAUCGUUGCCAUCUUGGAGUUGCACCUGAGAGACUCUUUGAAAGGAGAUCAAGUUAUGAUCGAAUCUUGGAUCGCUGAAACGGUACCCGUCAUGCUGGAUGCUUUUCGAUCGAUCAAAUCUUCUCACGGCUCGACGACCGAUUGGACUCCCAAAGAUUUGAUUUUAUGGGCGGACAGCUUGAAGUACUAUCCCUCUCCGAAGGGCGAGUCGAAUAUCACGCGUCAUUUGUUGGAUGUUGGAAAACGCCUAUUUUAUCCUAGAUUAACAUCCAGAGAUCAGGCUCGUUUGGAAUCUGUGAUCCACUCGAAGAGCUCGAAGUCGGUGGCGGCCGGAAGCGACGUGUACAUAUGGAAACACGGAAACAAUGGUUUGCUGCCGUUGGAUGAGGAACAAUGGCGAAAGGAGAUAAUUAACGCAGCAGCGAGAUGCGCGAGGGAAGGCGAUCCGGUACAGGCAUCGAUUUCGUCUCACCUGUUGCACACGGUAGCCGGUUUAAGUUGGGCUUUUGGUACAAGUCUAAGGGGUGUAAUUUUGAUUGGACGACCCGGAGCUGGAAGAAAAUCGGCAGUGAGACUCGCUGCCACGUACUCUUCUCUUCGACUAAUAAACUCGGGACCUGGCCGUGGCAGAACGUCGGUGAAAACGGCGGUUCAAGCUGCUGGAAUCGAUGGUGAUCCGACUCUGCUUUUGCUAGAAGAGCAUCAUAUGAGAGAAGCUGGGUUGGCUGUUUUGGCUAGUGCAAUAGUGUCGAGAGGUGAACUCCCAGGAUUAUUUACAGUGGAGGAACUUGACGGGUUAAUAGCGCCGUUGGCUGACGUGGCAAGAAGAGAAGAUUUUUCGGGCAUGUUGGAGCAAUAUCUCUAUCAUCGUUUGCGAAAUUAUCUUCGAGUAACCAUAAUCUUGGACAGUGGAGAGCUUCGUUCGCCUUGGUUGUCGCAUUCGGGUCUCCUUAGACAUUGCGCAUUGAUUGGUCCUGGAGUUGGUAGCGAAUGGUGGUCCUGGGAAGGUGCUUUAACCGAAAUAGCUUAUCAACAAAACGGUAUCGAAGCCGAAGAUCCGGAGGAGACGUUGCCUGGUAUCAAAGAGGUGGUAAAGGCUCAUCUUGAAGCUCCGCGACAGCAGCAAGCUCCGGCUCGGUUCUUUGCUUUACUGCACACCUGGAAGCAUUUACACGCAACUUGGAGCGAGGAAGUGGAGCAGAAAUUAAACAGUCUCGAAGCUGGUGUAGGAAAGUUGAAGGAAGCCGGGGCGCAAGUGGCUAAACUGGAGGACGAAGUUUCGAAACAGCGUCAGGAACUGGAGGCGGAACAAGGGCGUGCCAAUGCAGCUCUCGAACAAAUCACGGCGACGAUGAGAGGUGCCACAGGUCAAAGAGGAGAAAUGGCCAACUUGAAGGCUGAAACUGAACGAGAAAGUGCAGAAUUAGCUCGCAGGAAGACCAAUAUCGAAGGCGAAUUAGGAAAAGUCGAGCCAUUAGUAGAACAAGCGGCACAAGCAGUAGCUGGUAUCAGCGCUGAUGCAUUGGCGGAAGUUCGUUCUUUAAGAGCACCUCCAGCACCUGUAAGAGACGUCCUCGAGGGUGUCCUUCGAUUAAUGGGCAUAAAAGACACUUCUUGGAAUAGUAUGAAGACUUUCUUAGCAAAACGUGGUAUCAAGGACGAAAUAAGAACGUGGGACGCGAGAAGAAGCACACCAUCGAGUCUGGAGGCGGUUGCCAAGUUGGUCAAGGAGCGGCCGGAAAGUUUCGAGGAGAAAACCGCAAAACGAGCCUCGGUGGCUGCAGCACCUUUGGCUGCCUGGGUACUCGCCAACCUCCAAUAUGGUCAGAUUCUUCAGCAAGUCGCGCCUCUCGAGAGGGAACAACGACAAUUGACCCAACGUUUGUCAGCGGCUGAGGCUCAGAUUGGCAAGCUAGCAGCUGGACUUAACACUGUGGAAAGUCGUGUAGCACAGCUUCAAGAGGAACUCGCGGAACGUUCAAGGGGUGCCGCUGCGCUUCAACUACGUGCCGAGACAACAGAGGCAAGACUAGCAACAGCUAGGGCGCUGCUUCAAAAAUUGGACACGGAACAUCGUGAUUGGCAAGCACAAUUAGAAGAAUUAACCGGCAGGAAAGAGAAAUUGGACGUCGAGGCUGCUAAUGUCGCAUCCUUACUUGUUUAUGAAAAUCCUGGAAAAGAUGACAAGUGGAAGAAAUCAGCCAUCGAUCUCCUAAUCACCGAAAGAGAAAGGCUACUGUGGCGAGCUCAAGGUUUACCCGUGGACACCGGAAGUCUGGUUGGUGCAUCCUGUGCCCUCAGAGGUCCUUUGGUUCCCAUAUUCAUAGAUCCAUCCGGUGUCGCGGUUUCGUGGCUGAAAAACAACGUUGGUUCAAGAAUGGAGAUAACGAAACCAGAAGAUGCUAAGUUUUUGACUACGCUAGAAUUGGCUGUAAGAUUUGGCAAACCAUUACUGGUGGAAGAACUCGUCGAAUUUCCAUCGAUCCUCUUGCCACUGUUACGUAGACGUCCUCUGAAGCUUGGUGAAAGAACAUUACCAGCACCUCAAGGCUUCAAGCUUUUCCUGGCUACCAGACGAGAUAAAUUGGAUGGUUUUCCAAAAGAAGUCGACGCGGUCUUGUUUAAGAUUGCUCUUGGAGCUGGUACCAAAAGUCUGGCGGAGAGGUUCGUUGAAAAGGUUCUGUUGAAGGAGACUCCGGAACUGGCGACGCAGCGGAAGGAAGCGCUGGAACGCGAAGAAAAAUUAUCAGGGGAACGGGACACCGCGAGAUUAGAUCUGUUGGCGCAGCUGGCCACUGCCAGAGGUCAGGAUCUUCUUCAAGAGUCUGAAGGAUCCCAGGGCGGACUUCUGUCGUCGUUGGAAGCCACUCAAUCGAAAGCCAAAGAAAUAGCUCUGGCUCUUGAGGAAAGUCGACGAAGCUUCGAAGACGUCACCAGAAGAGCCAAAGAGCACGAGAAAUUGGCUAAAUUCGCUGCCAACUUGUAUAAAACUGUAAAAGGUCUUACCGCCUUGAGUCCACUGUACGUGUUUUCUGCCGAAGCUUUCACUGAUAUUUAUUUGGAGGCGGAAGAUUACCGCAAAUCGAUACUAUCUCAAGAUAAAAGGGAGCAAGACAAGCUGAUCGAAAGACGGUUAAUUGCUUUGACUCUUCAUUAUUGCUCGAAGGCCGUGUAUAGAGAACAUCGAUUGCCAGUAGCAUUACAAUUGGCACUUUCAUUGAAUUCCGUGCCAGACGUUGAAAGAAAUUUCUUAUUAGGAGAAAUUCUAUUAAAUGACGACGAAGAUUCCGAUUACAAAAUACCCGAUUGGGUACCCGAGGAACGACGUCUAUCAGUUCGAACUUUAGUUUCUUCAUUUCCUCAAAUAGCCGCAAAAAUGAAACAAUCCUGGUUGAGCGACGUUAGCAAUAUUUACGCUGAAAGCAAUUUAACCACGUUCCAAAAAGUUUUAUUGAUAAAAACCCUUCGACCUGAUUACUUGCAUACGGCGCUCUCGAAAUUGGCUGCGGAAGCAUUAGGUGUGAAAAAUUUAGCACCACCGCACUGGUCCUUGAGGAAAGUAGCUGAAAACGAAAGUACAUAUCCUGUGUUGCUGCUUCUAUCACCGGGAGCUGAUCCCGGUUCAGAGCUGGCAGCAUUAGCGAAUAAUCACGUUGCUUCAGCCACAGGAUUCGUCGAAGUAUCUCUUGGACAGGGUCAAGUUGCUCAGGCUGAACUCGCACUGGAGAGUGCUUGUCGGAACGGAGGCUGGAUACUGCUCAGCAAUUUGCAUCUGGCUCUCAACUGGCUUCCCAGACUGGAGAGCCUUCUCAGAUCACCCAUGUGCACCAGCAACAAAAAUCCCGCUACAAGGAUUUGGUUAACCACCGAACAAUGCCUGGGAUUCUACCCUAGUCUCGCGGCUCUCUGUUUAAAACUCGCUUACGAGCCACCGGAAGGUGUUAAGAGGAACGUAAAACGAUCGCUGCAACAGCUUUGUCAAAAGCACAAGAACGUGAACGUUCCUGGCAGCCUGUUGUUGUCGUGGCUGCACGCAACGCUUCAAGAACGACGAAAAUUCGUGCCUCAAGGUUGGAUCCGGUCGUACGAAUGGAACGAAUCGGAUCUCGAAGCAGCAUAUGAAUUAGUAGUGAGAGAAAUAGAGUCGACGAGGAGUAAAGAUAAGAAUGGAAACUGGCAAACUGGCAGAGGAUUGUUGGACGUAGCGAUUUACGGUGGUCGCCUUCAGGACGACUACGACAUGAGAGCGUUGUGCUCGAUCAUUGACGACGUUUGGACUUCUGAGGUGUUCGACGGUCGUAGAAAGCUGGCUGACGUUCUCAGGGUGGUUCAUGGCUCGUUCGAGGAGGCAGCUAAGGCGUUGGAACAUGUUCCGGAAAAUGAUUCGCCUAAAGAAUGCUUUGGAUUGCCUGCGAACGCGCAUAGAGCUUGGGAGAGGACUGCUGCCGAGGCUGCGCUAACGCAUUUGAAAGGAAUUUUAAUCAAAGCGUCCGUCAGUAACGACAAGAGCAGCAAAAAGACGGAAACAAAAAUUCAGAGGGAUUUGAAGGAACUAAUCGACCGCCACAUCUCGAUCUUUGGAUCGUCAACGACCAGCGAACACAACGAAAAUAAGAAUCCAUUGGAAAAUUUCUUUAUCGAUGAAAUAAAUCUGACCAAGAAGACGUUGAAUGUUAUUCGCGUUGACGUGGAAAACCUGCGCCUCGAGGAUACUAAGACUCCCAUACACUGGAUGGAAAACUGGAAAUAUGGCCCAAAGGAAGCUUUGCCUUUCGUUAAAGGGUUGUUGAGCAAUUAUCAAACUUUAAAUUCCAUUUUGACCAUCUCCUGGUCUGUUGUCGAUAUAUCGCGAUUGGCAAGACCACGAGCGUUUCUGACUGUUCUCAAACAGCACACCGCGCGAGAAACGCGUCAACCUAUGGAGAAUCUUCGACUUUGCGUCAACUGGUUUGAAAAUCGACGGAACGACGACUGGAAGAUAUCGUUAGUCAUCGAAGGACUAUUGAUAUCUGGAGCUUUGAUAGAAGAUGGUAACCUGAAGGAUGUGGACGCGAACGCGGCUUCCGUUGCUACUGCACCGAGUUGUCAAAUUGCGUUCUUACCAGAAAAUUACACCGGGGAUAAGGCGAGAAACAAAACAGUGGGCGGUCGUUCAGGAAGCAGCGACGUGGAAGAUAUUCUUAAUGUUCCAGUUUAUGCGAAUUCUCAAAGGGACGUAUUAAUUUCCUCGCUUCCGGUUGGAUGUCCCAGAGAAGAACAUGGUAACUGGUUACGACGAGGAGUUGCCUUUCAUCUAAAAUUGAUCUAGUUCCUGUGGCUUAGUUCUGUUUGAAUUACAAACAGUGUGGUAGUACAUUUAUACAUUAUGCAUAGUGAUCUGCAUAUUAUAAUUGUGUAAUAACUAAAUGUUAUUUAUUGUUCUGUAUUCCUUUUAACUAUUGAACUUAAUUAAUAUACACGGCGAAAUAUUACCAUUAUAUACACAGUGGUAUUAUUAUUAUUAUUAUUAUCCCCAUUUGAAACAUUCCAGACGAGGAUUGUAAUGAAGAAAUUAAAGAUACGAAAUAACAGAAAUAAAUACGAAGGAUGUUUUUGAAAAUUCAAUUGCAAAAUGCUGCAAGUUGAUAAAAGUACUCGAGUUGUUUCUGCUCGCAAUUUAUGUUGUGGAAUGUUUACGUAUGUUUCGCAUGUUUCGUAUGUAGCGAGUACAUUUAGUUAGCCUUUUAAACUCACCUACACUUGAUUUAAAGCCCUCGAAUUUACAAUGUACAAUGGUUUUAUUCGCCAGAGUUUCCUCAUUUUCAGAAAAAUACAGCGUUCUUAACCACUACCCACGCGUAAGAAAAUGAAUUAAAUUAAACUAACUUAUAUUAAUUUCUCCAAAGGUUUACUUAUUAUCGAUUAACUAGGCAACAGGCUUGUCUUAUGCAACUUAAAACUUUUGCUUCCUGAUAUAAUAGGAAGACGAUGAAAGCGAAGCGAAACUCUUCCC